UUAAUUGGUGUUUGAAGUAUUUUUAUUCUAGUGGGAUUUAUCCUAGCCAACUUUGAUAAUACUAUUUUCUAAAAUGUCUCCAUGUGUCCUGAUUCUCAUGGGACUUGAUUUAGGGUAUAACAUGUAUAAAAACAUUGCUCCUUACACAGUUGUUUGGCUAGCCAACAGAGAGAAUCCAGUUAUUGACUCAUUGGCAAGUCUAAAGAUUAGUGGUGAUGGAAACCUGAAGCUCGUAGAUGGCAAUGAAGUAACUCUCUGGUCAAGCAAUGUUUCUAUCCAAUCAAAUAGUUCAGAGGCUGUCCUUUUGGAUGAUGGAAACUUAGUUCUACGUGAUGGUUUAUCUGAACAGGAGUUAUGGCAAAGCUUUGAGCACCCAAGUAAUACUUUAUUACCCAAUGCAGGUCUCGGGUAUGAUCUUGAAACAGAUAAUUCCAAGUAUCAAGAUGUUAAGGAUGUAAACGAAUGCGGACAGUGGUGCUUGAAUAACUGUUCUUGUAAGGCUUAUGCAUAUGUAAAGGGAAUAUGGUGUCUGUUGUGGAGUGAUGACCUUAUGGAUGUGCAAAAGUUCUCCAGCGGUGGGGAAGAGCUUUUCAUUCAUCUUGCAUCCUCUGAAUUAGUGAGCUUUUGGGCGCAUCUUCUUCUAAUCUCCAUCAAAGUGGCCAUCAAGAUGAAGACCUUCUUGAGAAGUAAUGAUGUGUCGAAAUCAGUAGAAAGGGGCUUUAAUCCUCCAUGGUUACUCCAAAAUCCAAGUCUAGCUCAGAUCAAGAACCAUGCAGAUUAUGUUGCAGGAUCCUACAAAGCUUUGUCUUUCAUGCAAAGUGAGGUUUCUGAUGAAAUUUUUCCUAGAAUUAUGAAAGCUGAGACAACUCAAGAUGCAUGGGAAACUUUGAAGAAGGAAUACGAAAGAGAUGAAAGAGUCAAAGGCCAGAACAUGGUUACUCUCAAAAGAGAGUUUGCUAUGUUGAAGAUGAAGGAUAUAGAGACUGUUCAUCAAUAUUCUUCAAGGGUGAUGGAUCUAGUUAAUAAAAUCAAAUUAAAUGGUGAGGACUUUCCUAAUGCCAUGGUUGUGGAAAAAAUGUUGGUGAGCCUUCCUGACAGAGCUGAAGAUACAACUGAAGGUGCAUUACAUGCUAAGGAAAAGCAACAUGCAGCUGGUCAUGAAAAAAGGCAACCUCUUAGCAGAGUUGAACAAGGAAAAGCAGUCGUUGUUCAAUCAUAGCAGCUAAAGGACAAAUUUCCACCAUGUCCUACUUGUAAGAGGACAAAUCAUGAAGAAAAAGAUUGCUGGUAU